AUGAGCAUGCCACCACCCGAUACUAUACCUAACAACACCACCACCAACUUAUUUUCGACCAAUGACAUGUUGGCAAGACGAAUCAAACCAAUAGAAACCUGUGACAACUGUAAGAAUCGUAAAGUAAAAUGUAACAAAGAAAAACCAAUUUGUGGGACUUGCAAUAAGACUAAACGUGUCUGUACUUAUAACUUUUCAGCAUCAUCGAAACGACCUCGUCCAAAAAGUGAACUUGAAAUUCUACAAGAACAAGUUGAGGAUAUUCAGUCCAUACAAUACCAACAACUAAAUCAGAUGAAUGCGUUAUUAGAGAUUGCUACUACUACUGAUGCUAAUAUUAAUGGUGAUUUUAAUACUAGUGAUACAUUGAUUCCUGGAGAGAAUGUUGCAUUACAAGUUGAAAAUGAUUAUUUAGCUGGAAAUGGAGUUCUUGACUGGAGUGGGUUUUAUCCUCCUUUGGAUGUAGAAUCUAUCCAAUUUCUACCAAGUUUAAAUCAAAAUCUUUCUGAAGAAACAUUACAAUUCACUUCCCAAUUCGCUGCUUCUAUUCAAAAAGAUGAACAGGGUAUUCCAAUAAAUGAUUCAGAUAACUAUAAUAACACCAAAUUUGGUCACGCAGAUCAAACAUCUAUAGAAGAACUUACCAAUCAAUUGAAAAGUAGUUUGAAAAUAUAUGAGUCAACUAGAUAUGUUGGUACAGGGUCAUUGUUGAUGUUGAAUGAGACGGGGGAAGAACAAAUGAUUCCGCAACCACAAGAUGAUUUAUCUGUUAUUGAACCAUAUUUAAAAAUUAUGCCUAAUCCUAAAACAGCAGAAAGUUUGAUUGAUGUUUAUUAUCAGAAAAUAUAUAGACAUUAUCCUCACCUAAAGAGAAAAGUUGUACUUGACUGUUUCAAAGAUUUAUCAACACCACAACAAUUUCUUUUACUCAAUAGUGUUUUCUUUGCUGCAUCUCCAUUUCAUCCUGAUCCAAAUUUACGAGAUGGUGGGAUACAUUAUCAGGUUUUUAUUAAUUAG